AUGUUUUCAGUAAUGUCUCCGCUUCGGCCGCGUACUCACGAAGUCCUCUCCUGCAUUCAGUUCGGCUUCGGCUCAAUGUUCAUGUUUGCUGGUUACCUUUCUACGUCGUUCAUUUCGGAGUCCAUUCUGAACUCGAUAUAUCAGGACAACCCUAAAUCUAUCAGUCAGUACGCAGGAUAUUACGGAGGAGCUAUUCAAUUCGGAGCAUUAGCGAUUUCGAGUAUUGUGACACCAUCCGUAGUCCACUGGCUGAGUUCUAAGUGGUCGCUGGUGCUGAGCAGCUUGAUGUUCGCUCUUUACUAUGUAGGAUUUGCAAAAGUCGUCUGGUGGUAUUUCUACCUCUCACAAGUAUUUGUCGGUUUCGGGUAUGCACUGUAUAAUAAUUGCGAAGGGGCCUACCUUUCGGAGCACUCUAUGUGGAGUACAAUUGAAUCGAACACUGCCAUAGAAAUAGCCAUCGGACAUCAGUGGUAA